AUGGAGGUUUUCUACGUCAACUCUUCCCUGCUUUUCGUCUCUCACAGACCCCUCAACUACACCGGAAGUGAGAGGACGGUGUACGAACGCUGUAAAGAUAUGCCAGCUGUCAUCAUUUGGUACCUCGGUUUACAGUUCAUCAACAUGUUCUUGGGUAUCCCAGCAAACCUCAUGGUGCUCUGGCUCAUCCAUAAGAAUAAAGGUGACUCCUCCACCUCAGACAUCUUCAUCCUCCACUUGGCGAUCCUGGACGUCUUCUUCUGUCUCAUCCCUCCACUUGAGCUGGCCAACAUAGUCUUCCUCACCACCAGCAGCACCUGGUACGUCUUACGCUUCUUCUACGGCAUUAAGGAUUCCUCGCCGCUUUUCCUUUCAUGCAUCUGCCUGGAUCGUUACAUGGCCGUGGUUCACCCCAUCACCUUCACCGAACUGAAAGACCGCCAGCACCGAGCAGUCCUGGCUCUGGUCGUCUGGUUAAUCACUCUGGCCUACGCCGCGGCCAAAUGUGUGGGCAACAUCGUCAACUUUGAGAAGGUCUUCACAGGGAUGAUCCUCGCAGCCUUCGCCUUCAUGGUCUUCUGCAACAUCGCAAUCCUUUGGGUGCUUCGUCAGUCCGGGCCCGGCAGAGACGAGAUGCAUCCAGUGAAGAAAAGGGCGUUCAAGAUGGUCCUCAUCAUUCUCGCCAUCAUCGUAUUCAACUACUUCCCGCCUGUGGCUCUGUUCCCCUUUCAGCACUACUUCUCUCCGGACGUGUUUCGCUGCUACAUUCACUAUGUGGCGUUUGGUUUGAUGGACUUCAGCAGCAGCAUCCAGCCAAUGCUCUACCUCUCCAAGGAGAAGCUGCUGUGGAGCGUCAGCUGCUGUCAGAGCAACAACACCCCAAUCCAGUAG